AUGUCCUCAACCAAUUUUAUGACUCAUUAUACAACCAAGACCAAGACCACAAACACGAAAUUUAUCGAAAAAGCUAUGGUGGGCGCUUCGCAGGUGGAAAGAGGAAAACAAUUUGUUUUGACGGCAGCUUGUACUGCAAAGCAUUCAUGUUCUCAAAAUCAAUAG